AUGACUACAGCGACCCCGCCUGCGCAGGCCCAGAUCCUCGCCAUGCCCGAGGGCCUCAACCCCGACACCCUCGACACGCUGACCGAGCUCGCUAUACUUCUCAACCGCCUGCGCAUCCCGACCUCCGCCUCCACGACCACCGGAGCUACGCCCGCUGCCACCACCGCGACGGCUGCGCCGACGCCCUCGCAGUCCCAGUCCCAGUCGCAGCCUCACCCCGCCGCGUCGUCGCUCCACCGGCCGGCCUCGCAGUCCUCGCAGGCGCAGACCCACAACGGCGCCACCACCACCACCCACACCGGCGAACUCUCGCUCAAGGAGAUCGGCCCCGCUGCCGACGUCCUCAAGCACCGCUUCCAGCGCGCGCGGGUGCUCGUCCGCGCGCUGCCCGACACCUCGCGCGGCACCGCCGAGCAGCGCGCCGAGAUCGCCGCCCUCGAGGACCGCCUGCGCCGUCAGCGCCGCGUGCUCACCGCGCUGGGCGAGAUGGGCGCGCGCUUUGCGGCCGCGGGCGGCGAGGACGUCGCAAAUGACGAGGACGAGGAUGACGGCGAGAGGAUGGACUUGGAGUGA